AUGGAGUUCGCAGCCAAGCGCUUGGAAUGCCAAGAUGCGCAGCAGCGAGAGCAGCUGGAAAGAAUGACUGCAGCUGAAAUCCGAGUUCUCACCACUUUCGCCCAUCCCAACAUCAUCGCUCUCUUGGGACAUUGCUCUCACAGAGAUGGUGCAAUCUUGGUGUAUGAGUUUCAGCCGGAGGGAAGCCUAGACCAACACUUGAUUAAGGAUGAGAAAGCCCGCCAGCUCACCUGGGGCCGGAGGAGUAGCAUUGUCUCUGGUUUGCUGGCAGCUGUCAGCUAUUUGCAUCAUCACAAUCCAGAAGGGCCGUGCUAUCAUCGUGACAUCAAGCCUGGAAACAUCAUGUUGACUGCCUCCUUAUCCCCAAAGUUGGGGGACUGUGGUUUGUCACGCUUUUUGCCUCGAGAUCGACCAGGGCAAAGCAGGAUGACGAUGCAACUCACUCAAGGAGCUGGCCCUGCAGGGACGCCAGGCUUCAUGUGUAAAAGGUAUGUGGAGACGGGCAAAUUCAACGACAAGUCCGAGGUCUAUUCGAUCGGUAUCACAAUCCUGCAAAUCAUCGCUGCCCAGCUGGAUUUCGACGAUGAUUUUUCGGACCUCAUUGAGGAAGCAGAUGCUGAGGAAAUUGCCCGGCGCCCUGAUCCUCGCGUGCCGGCUAAUGGGCCUGAUUUGGAGACCUUGAAGAAGCUCUCAGCCAUGGCAGCUGCUAGUGUACAGCGCUUCUCCAAGAGGAUCCAGGUCAUGCCUUUGCUCCGGCAAGCGCGCGAGGCGGCCUCCACGCUCUCCACUUCGGAAGUUCCGGCGCUGAAGUCCGAGGUCGAACGGAUGGCGGCCGAGCUGCGGCGCUUGAGGCUGGCAGAGGAGAAAGCCGCAGAGCUGGCGGCGGCGCUGACGAAGAGAUGUGAACUUUGCUUUGAUGAAGUCUCUGUAGAGCAAGUUGGCAGUUUAAUGUGUCCAAACGAGCAUUUGAUUUGCUCAGAUUGUAGCCCAGACAUGGUUCGUAAUUUUCUGGAGCGGAUCGGCGCCAGCGACACAAUGUUGGACGAUCACAGCAGCCGGGGCGGCUUGAUUCCGUGCGUGCGACACAACCCAGCCUUCCAACCACAGUGCAGCAGACACUACACCGACCAGUCCCUGGCCAGAGCUCUGCCCGACGAGAUCUUCGUUGGAUACAGAGCAGCACAGGAUGAUGUCACCGAAAACAGGAUUUGGCACCAACACAACCAGAGGUUUCAAGAAGAGGUCUCACGGAUGCAGCGGCAAUUGGAGGGCGAGCAGGCGACGAAACGGGAGGAAGCGGCUUCAACUGAAUUCUUGAGGCGUCAGUACCCCAAUGCCAAGAUGUGUCCGCGCUGUCGUUGUGGACCUGUGAUCAAUGAGAAUUGCUUCGACCUUCAAAGCCAUCACAACGAAGCGUCCGGCCGCAGCCGAAUCAACAAUUCCUGCCAGCAAUGCGGCUUCUUCACCCGCGACUGGAAUCAAUGGCUGCCCUGGGAUGGCGUGUUGCGCCGUGGAUACGUGGAUAGAGGAUGA